AAAAAUGGCAUCCAUGAAACUAGUUGUUAUUCAUCAUACCGAUUGGCCCAAACUGCGUGAUCUGUUUCUAAAUGGAAACGAAAUUCCAUUCAAUGCCGUGCAGAAUUGCAUCAACUGGAGAGUUCGUGAUCCCGAGAUUCAACAUCUUCAGAUUCUCGGUCUUGGUGAAACAUGGCGCGAAAAUGGAACGUUUAUCUUGAGGGAUCGCCAUGAACUGUACUUCUUUACACUAGAGCAAUCCAAUGAAUCACUGGAGCAUGUCUUGGAACUAAUUAAUUGGAGUUCCUCGUAUCGAAUAGUUGGAAUUACGAAACAAAAUCAAACUGCAUUGGAAAGCGUUCUCACGAGAAUGAACAAACUGUCUAGUGAAGAGCACCUAAUGGAAGCGGAUCUCUAUGUCAAGGUUCUGAACAAGAAGGAGAUCGAUGUUGAACCCCCACUAGGAUUUCGCUUAGGAUCUCUUGAAACAUGCCACGCUCCGUACCUUAACGCCCUUUCAGAUUAUCCUAACAGUAAAUCAGAGUUCACAAUUUCCCGAUACAUAACUUGGAAUCCUAAUGUGGCAUUGUUCAACGAGCAUGACGAGUUGGUAGCAUGGUGCUUGUUAAAUAACUUGGGGAUUAUCAGGAUUAUCAUAAAAGGUAUCGUCGAAGAGGGUUUGCGGAGAUAGUUCUGAAGGCCAUGAUAGCUAAACUAGUUGACCGAAAUAUGAAUGCCAGGGCCGCUGUAACAUCGACAAAUAAUGCUUCUGUAGGUUUAUUCGAAAAGGUUGGAUUCCGAAGAGAGCGCGUUCUGCACUAUAUUCAUUAUAACGGUUGAUGAAUUCCGGAAUGGGGUUAAUGCUUGAUUAACUGCACACAACAGUGGCCCAGUUUUAUAUCGAAAGAACAUCAAGUCACAAAUAAAUGCGUUUCCAAAAAUAAGUGUAUGUUAUCUAUGAAUCAGUGCAACAUGAAAACUGUUGAUUACAGGUCAUAGGUUAAGACUGUUGGAAGGAAAAGUUGCUCUGUAAAAAUAAUUAGAAUUUAAAUAUCUGAAAAUUAAAACUUUGAAACAAAUGUUAAAGAAAGA